AUGUCGCAUGUGAACAGCAAGUCCCAACAGUCAGAUGUUUCGUGUAACUAUGUGGUGUUGUUUCUCGAACUUACAAGUUUAAAUCUAUUUUCUCAUGUGGACGUAGUAGACCAAACAGUCGUCAGGGAAACUCAACAAGUGUCCUCGCAGACAGGACCCAGACUCAGCCGUCUGCAGAGAUUGCUGAUUAUUUCAAACAACGAUCAUCACCAUAGUUCUGAGUUUGCCUUGACAACGGAUGACAAGGAGAGCAAAAACCUCCUGAAGUCACCACUAAUUCAGAACAAGGAUCCUGAUAAUAACGUCGUGCUUGACCAACCACAUCUGGCAUUACAGUCAAGUCAGUUGUCCAUGUCAGUUGAAACACAUGGCGGAAGCAAAGAACCAACCCAACAUUUAAGGUUGAACCACACCUUACAACAUCUCAACAGGAUCUGUGAGAGGUAAACCCUCCCUACAGCGCCGUAUCCAUGACGAGGAAGUCCUCCAAUUGCCCCAGUUCGUAC